AUGUCCGACAUCCUGACGUCAUCAAGAGCUCGAAAGAUUGACUUAAAGAUUCAGACUUUAGGACCGUUUUUCAGAGUGACGGGGAAGAACGCAGACACAGGCGUCGAGGUCGGACGAGCAGAGGGAGUGGUUCGACCAUGGUUCGGACGCGGUUUGGUUCUGCAUCUGGAUACGAUAAGAUUGACGAAAGAGACGAAGGCGAUGGAUAAGUCUGUUCUUGGAGUUGGUUUAUACGUCGGAGCCGUAGCUAUUCGGCAUGGCUACGACUGUGGUUGCCGCACUGCUCAGCUUCUCGCUAUCUACGACUCCGAUCUCUACCAUUCCAAGCUGGUUAGGUUCUACAAAAGACUUGGGUUCGAAGAAGUGAAAGAAGUGAGUGGGUCGUCGUUUGGAGACAUGGCUGAUAUGUUAGUGUGGGGUGGAGUUGGCACUCGCAUGGAUGCUAAUAUUCAUCAUCUUCUUGUUAAAUGGUCCAAAGUUUUCCUCAAAUCGAUUUCUUAG